CGCAAACUGUUCGUGCACUUAAUAAACUAGUCAGGUCCUUAUCGUCUUCCUAAUCGUUUAUUGAUAGAUACGUUACGAACGUAUUUGUUAUUGCGUGGCAAUUAAACAUUUUACAUUACGAUAUACGAGUAUAAUAUCCAUUUCCAUUCCGGUGAACUUUGAAGUUUAGAGAGGCUUCGGAAUUCAGUCGAUUGUCGACCACAGUGAGUGACCAAAGACCGAAAUUAUUAAGAUUAUAUUUUUCGAAUAAAAUGGGAGGCGUAUGGAGCUGGAGAGGAUCGAAUCGAACGGGAAGAACGGACGAUCCCGAUCCCACCACGGGUCUAACAUCCAGAGAUAGAUACCUCAUCAAAUCCACCUGGGCCAACAUCAUGGAAUCACCUACAGACAACGGCGUUGCUUUACUCGUUUUAUAUUUCGAGAAAUUCCCGGACGCAAAGGGAGUGUUCCCGUUCAAAGACGUACCGACGGCGGAAUUGUCCACUAACGCGAGAUUCCGGGCUCACUGCAAUUCUGUGAUAUACGCCGUCGCCUCCAUUGUAGAUUCGGUAGAUAACAUCGAUUUGUUGGUGCCGAUUUUGGAGAAGGUCGGUCGAUCGCACGCUCCUCGAAAUGUCACAAACGAACUAUUCAUGCAAUUGAAGGAAACUAUGUUGGAAUUGUUCGGGAAAAUUAUGAAAAAGGAGGAAGUCGAAGCGUGGAAGAAAGCUUUAGAAGUUGUUUUUACUGUAAUUACCAAAGCUCUGGCGGACAACUAACAUUUAAUUACGUAUAUCAUUUUUCCAAUUAAUAUUACGUAUUUUUUAUUAAUAUUUUGUACUAUUUUAAACUCCACUAACCAAUAUGUCGUGUAUAAAUUACUCAAAAUCUUGU